UCUGGUAUCACGGCCCUGAAUCAUUUGAAGCCAAUCCCACAAAGGCCAUCAAACAAGGAUGUGUCUACGAUUGCGAAGGUCAAGUCCAGAGCCAGCACCAGCAGGCUUCUAGUGCAGGCCUCUUUGAAAGAAAAGGCGGUGGCAGGCUUAACAGCAGCUGCAUUGACAGCCUCCAUUGUUAUAUCGGAGGUGGCCGAGGCAGCGGGGUGCAUUUCGCCAUCUCUUAAGAGUUUCUUGCUAAGCAUCGCUGCUGGUGGAGUUGUGGUCGCUUCCAUUAUUGGAGCUGUUAUUGAGGUUUCAAACUUCGACGCUGUUAAGUGAAGCUGAACCAUUCUAAUUCUGUGCAAUUCUUUCUCUUCAUUAUAUUGUUAUUAGUUGAUGCAAUUUAUGUUGGUGUUUUACAUAUGAUACACGACUCUUUUACCAUGUUAUUUAAAAAGUAAGAACUCUUGAGAUUAGUAUUUUGUCAUUGUAUCAGCGCAAAACAGAGGAAAU